GCCUCCCGGGCGUUCAGUCGGAUCUCACGGUGCCGGGACGGAGCCUCCCGGGCGUUCAGUCGGAUCUCACGGUGCCGGGACGGAGCCUCCCGGGCGUUCAGUUGGAUCUCACGGUGCCGGGACGGAGCCUCGGUUGGAUCCCAGCGCGCCGGGAAUGCUGCGGGGCCCCUCGUCUUUCCUCUCUGUGAGAUGGGUACUCGGAGGGACUCCAGGCAGAGCCUGGACCAGAGAUCUCCGGGUUCCUAAAGGCCUUGCUGGAGCUGGAAAGUCCAAACUUCCAGCGGGAUUCCUCACCCUGAAUCACUGGGAUUUUUUUUCCUGACCUGUCACAUGUCCUUGCUGAGUCGUUUUUUGGGGAAAUGUCACGUUUAAGCUGCUUAUAGAUAGUUUUGUGCUAAAGAAACUUCUGGAGUGGGGAUGGUGUGGCCACUUGUGGAUGUAGUGUUGGAUGUGUCUGAAGGGGCAGGACACACAGAUGGAUCCAGGCGUCCCUGUGAUGCUUCAGAUUGAUGCCGAGGAGCGGCGCCGCUGACCCCGCCUGGCCUCGGCUAUGGACAUCGUCCUGUCGGAUUUUGUUCGCUCAACGGGGGCAGAGCCGGGGCUGGCCAGAGACCUCCUCGAAGGCAAGAACUGGGACCUGAGCGCGGCGCUGAGCGACUUCGAGCAGCUGCGGCAGGUGCACGCGGGGAGCCUCCCGCCCGCGCUGGGCGAGCCCCACGGGGCGCCGGGCCCGGAGCCCCACGGGGCGCGGCCCCCCGAGCCCCACGGGGCGCGGCCCCCCGAGCUGGCGCGGCCGGCGCGGCCCCCGCUGCAGCGCCAGGACGACGUGGUGCAGGAGAAGCGCCUGUCGCGAGGCAUCUCCCAUGCCAGCUCCACCAUCGUGUCCCUGGCCCGUUCCCACGUGUCCAGCAAUGGCAGCAGCAGCGAGCACCUGCUGGAGAUGCCCAUCUGCACCUUCCAGCUGCCCGACCUCACCGUGUACACCGAGGAUUUCCGCAGCUUCAUCGAGCGCGACCUCAUCGAGCAGUCCAUGCUGGUAGCACUGGAGCAGGCUGGGCGUCUCAACUGGUGGGUGACAGUGGAUCCGAGCUGCCAGCGCCUGCUGCCCCUGGCCACCACUGGCGAUGGGAAUUGCCUGCUCCACGCUGCCUCCCUGGGGAUGUGGGGCUUCCACGACCGGGACCUGAUGCUGCGGAAGUCGCUGCACACGCUGAUGGACAAGGGCGCCGAGCGGGAGGCGCUGCGGCGGCGCUGGCGCUGGCAGCAGACGCAGCAGAACAAGGAGUCUGGCCUGGUUUACACGGAGGAGGAGUGGCAGAAGGAGUGGAACGAGCUGAUCAAGCUGGCGUCCAGCGAGCCCCGCGUGCACUAUGGCACCAACGGCAGCGGCUGCGGCGGGGUGGAGAGUUCAGAGGAGCCAGUGUACGAGAGCCUGGAGGAGUUCCAUGUGUUUGUGCUGGCCCACGUGCUGAGGAGACCCAUCGUGGUGGUGGCAGACACCAUGCUGCGCGACUCGGGCGGCGAGGCAUUUGCCCCAAUUCCCUUUGGAGGGAUCUAUCUGCCCCUGGAAGUCCCAGCCAACAAAUGCCACCGAUCUCCAUUGGUUCUGGCUUAUGACCAAGCCCAUUUUUCUGCCCUGGUCUCCAUGGAGCAGAAGGAAAACACAAAGGAUCAAGCUGUGAUCCCCCUGACAGACUCUGAGCACAAGCUGCUCCCCGUGCACUUCGCCGUGGAUCCCGGCAAGGAGUGGCAGUGGGGGAAGGACGACAGUGACAACGUCAAGCUGGCCAGCGUGACGCUGUCGCUGGAGGCCAAACUGCACCUGCUGCACAGCUACAUGAAUGUCCGGUGGAUCACAUUGCCUUGUGACACACAGGCGCCUCUGGCUCAGCCAGAAUCCCCCACGGCCUCCGCGGGCGAUGACGCUCGCUCGGCAGCCGAGUCGGGCGAGUCGGACAAGGAGUCGGUGUGCAGCAGCUCUGCCAGCAACGGGGGCACCAGGGCAGGCAAGGACCGGGAGAAACCAAAGAAAGAGCGCGAGAAGGAGAAGGAAAAGGAUAAAAAACGGGCAGACUCGGUAGCCAACAAGCUGGGAAGCUUCGGGAAGACUCUGGGCAGCAAACUAAAAAAGAACAUGGGGGGCCUGAUGCACAGCAAAGCCGUGAAGGGCGGCAUGAGCAACGGGCAGGGAGACACCCUGGAGAAGAAGAAGAAAGGAUCCCUGAAAGCACGGAAAGACAGCAAGGAGGAAUGUUCCCCGGCAGAGCCGGCCCCCGCAGAGAGAACGUGCGCGGGCCGAGCGGAGAAGGCGCCGGAUCCCUGCAAGUACAGCAGCGACGUGCGGCUGAGCCUGAGCAUCCUGCGCGCCGCCAUGCAGGGCGAGCGCAAGUUCAUCCUCGCCAGCCACCUCAAGACCAGCUCCCGGCACCAGUUCCAGGAGGAGAUGAUCCAGAGGUACCUCCUGGACGCCGAGGAGCGUUUCCACGCGGAGCAGAGGCAGAAGGAGGCGGAGAAGAAGGCGCUGGGCAGCGCUGCCCCGGCCAAGAGGCCGGAGGGGGAGCUGGGCGCCCAGCGGGGCGAGGAGGCCACGCCGAGCCCCGCCUUCGCCCAGCCGCCCCCCGCCUACCCCGCCCAGCCCCUGGAGCCGGCCCUGGCUGCUAAAAUCGCCGCUUUUCCCGGCUAUUCCGGCGUUUUCACCUUCCCCAGGCCCUCCGUGGGCAGCGCUGAGGGGCUGCACCCGCCCGGGUGCCCCGAGGGCCGGCGGCAGCUGGCGGGGGGGCCCUGCGGGAGCCUCCCCCCGUACGCCACCCUGCCCCGGCACCACCCGGGCCGGCCCGGCCCCUGCCCUGCCCCGCUGGGCUGCUGCUCCCCGCCGGACAUGGACGUGCAGCCGCCCUUCCCUGCCGAGUGCAGGGGCUCCGGCUGCCUGGCCCCGCACAGCAACGGCUGCCGGGAGCUCCUCGAGCACGACAGGGCGGCAGCAGUGGAGAAAAUGAGAAGCCAAGCCCUCUACAGCAUCCAGCAGACCAAGUGCAAACAGCCCAACUGCAGCUUUUACGGACACCCCGAGACCGGGAACUUCUGUUCGUGCUGUUACAAGGAGGAGCUGCGGCGCCGCGAGCGCGAGGCGCUGGUGCACAGGUUCUGAUGCUGCCCUGUGCAGGGCCGGACCCGGGGGACGUGGGCACUGCAAUAACAGAGAUCCAGCUGCGUUUGACAGCCAGCCACGCUCCUCUCCCACUCUGCAGCAUGUGGAUGGGCUGGCGGUGGCGUGGGGCUGCUGGGACUGACGGGGUGCAGGAGGGAGAUGGGGGAAACCAGCCCCUGCUUCCCCAGAGCCCCUGCCAGGCAGGAGGAGGAUUCCCAGGGGUGCCUGGGGACAGUGGGGGCUGCUUGGGUCAGAGCACAGGGUGAGGGGGGAGAAUUCCUCAAAAACUCAAUAAACCAGACCAAAGCUUUGGGAGCGGGCAGGGGGAGCAGCUCCCACCAGGUCCUUCCUGCUUCCUGACCACCUGGGACAGAGCAAAAAUGCCCCAUUUUGAGCAUCACAAACCUUUUAAUGGAGUUUUUUAACACUGGUUUUAUUCUGUAUUUCUUCUUGCUGGUACUGAGCGACACCGUGUUGGAGUUGGACAUUGGUGAGGUGAGGUGGGCUGGACGCCCCCCACCCAGUCCUGGAUGACUCCGAGCACCAGGACAGGCUCAGGCCUCUGUCGCCCCCUCUCCUACAAGCUCAACUCUGGUUUUAAAACGUUGUUUUUAAACUCUUUCUGAGGUGGGGGGAGCCAGGGGGACUCCCAGCGCUCAAGGGAUUGGAGUUUUCCUGUGCAGAGCCCCCAGGGCACGGGAGAGCCGAGGCGAGACCCGGGGGCAGCGUCUCCUGCCAGGAAUUCCCAGCGGCGUGGGGCAAAUCCCCAAGGAUUGCAAAUCCCCCCACUGGAAAGGGGUCCCAGAGCACCCCCAGAGCGGGGUGGAGCCGGGGGGCACAGCCCCAGUAACUCCUACUUGAGCACAGCUACUCUGUACUACCUCUGAUCCUGAUUAACUCGGCUCCGUUGUGCUGAGCCACCGACUGACCUUUAGGCUGCGGAAUUAAUCCAUAUUUUUGAUAACAGGGCUAAAAAGCAGAACAAUAAGGUAAAAUCCUCCUGUGACUAACGUCCCACGCCGUUCCUGACCCCAUCCCAGCCCCCCUGGCUCCCAGAGUGGGAUUCACUUUAGCACUGCGAUGUUUGCACAGAAUUCCUUGGGUUUUUUGGUAACUGCAGCUCCCAACCCGGGCCUGGUCCUGCACGGAGCGAGGCGCAGCAUUUCCUAUCACACGGAAAUAAAACAGGAGUUACAUCCUUCAGCCAGAGCUUUACAACAUUCCCUCGUUUUUAUUUUUGGGUUGAUUUUCCAGAAAGUGUGAAACUAUGCAACCCCUUCCUGCCCAUGGCCGUUUUCAGGAGAAGGGGCGAGGGCCUGGGCAGAGGAGCUGGGACUGUGCUGAGCUCGGGGGAUCACCCGACGCCUUACACUCGGCCCUAAAAAUGUUAACUUAGCCCUAGAACCCCCUGAGUUAAGGCCUUUCCUACAGCUGAGUGCCCCCAAAUAAGGCCUUUCCUCGUGGGAUCCCAACACUUUGAGUGUAGCCAGCAAUGCCUCAUGUCCACAGGUUUUCAAGCCCAAAUUUCAGACACCCCAGGGAUGAUUUGACUCCAGUGUAAGUUGCUUUCCCUGUUUUUAUAAAAUCCCCGAGCAUGGCUGAAGCUGUGGGAAGGGGAGGGUGUGAAACCCGCUCCAACUGGCUCCUCUUACCUCAGAACAAAUUCCACACUUCUUCCUCAAACUGCAGGAAUUCCAGUGGACUUUAACCCUGGGGCAGGGACACGCAGUGCUGGUUGAGUGGCACAGGCUCUGCCCCCGCUUGGUUCACCCCAAAUUUUAAUCUGAAAUGGUUAAAACCUAACCCAGACGCUUCACUGUUGAUGGGCACUUGGUUGAAAUUCCAGUUUCUGCUGUUUAUUUUCCCCCGAAUUGAAGCAGGAGCUUUGUUUUGGGAAUAUUGGGAGCAGGGAUGCCCCGGGGCACGGGUGGGGAAACUUCAUCACCUUCCCUUGGUUUUGGGGGAAUUCCUCCUGUUGGCUCCAUCCCAGUGGAUGCUGGGCUUGGGUGGGGAUGGGAAGCCCCCAGAGCUGCUCGCUGGUUUGGUGGGUUGUGGGAGGACGGGGAGAAGGCAGAAAACCCGCAGGAAAAGCAGCAGAAAACUCCAGAACUGGAGGAGACACAAACCCACCCCCAGGAGGGAUUUUUCCACGGGGAUGGGGACAGGGAGACUGUGGUGUGACCCCAGGGUCAAACUAAGUGCACUUACUGGUGUGGUUGGAAUUCAAAUUGCUGCCAUCACAUCCUGGUGGAGGGAAACUUUGUCUUUCAGCCUGUGUAAAACCCGUUCAUGAGAUUUGAUUUGGUUUUAUUAAAUGAGAUUCGCCAUUGCCCGGCCCCUCGGCAGCUUUGGGUCUCACUAACGCGA